ACAAGGCUUGUUCCGCCUUCUCACGCGAGGGUAGCCGACGGAAUUUUAAAGAUCAUCACAAAGACUAUGAAGAAGAAGAGAGAGGAAUCAGAAGCUAUUGAACUGAUACUCUUUCAAGUUAACGAGUUCUACGUGUAUUUGAUACCUCCAAGGAAGAGCGCCGCUUCUUACAGGGCCGAUGAAUGGAAUGUCAACAAAUGGGACUGGGAGGGUUCACUAAAGGUCGUAAGCAAGGGACAGGAGUGCAUUAUCAGACUGGAAGACAAGACCACAGGGGAGCUAUAUGCCAGAGCAUUUUUGCGGAAUGGAGAGCCACAUCCUGUGGAGCCAGUAAUUGAUAGCAGCAGGUUAUCAAAUAUUAAAGUAUAAGGAGAUUGAAUUAUGUCUUGUUUUCUUAUCUGUAGCAAUGAGAGCCUACUAAAGUGAUUUGCUUAUUGCAGUUAAUGAAGCGGGGAUGAUUAGUCACAUAAUGCGAGCAACUUAUUUUCAUAAUGUUACAGUUCAUUGCAUGCUUUCGCCUAUUGUUGAUAACUUGAAAGUUUGUUUAAUUGCUAAGUUUUUUUGGAAUAAACUUGUAGUCAAUUACCGGGACUAAUAUGCAUUCCUUCUGAUCCUAAAUAUUUUAGUCACAUAA